ACCAUGCUGAACCAGUCGUAUGUCAAAGGUCAUGUAGCCGCUCCAGCCGGUCUGCUGAAGACAGGUUAGUCUAUGCAAAUUACCCCUGUCCAACCCUGGAGGUUACACUGGCUAAGGACGAAUACACCUCCGUACAGGAGCCGUCCGGAAAUACCAUCAUCUACCAGUUACUGAAGGAGAACAAAGAUGGCGGACGAUGAGAAGUCCGCCAUGACACCUGCUGAUGACGUCGAGGUCAAACAGAAGUUGACCUUGCGGGAGAAGCUGUGUUACGGAGUGGGCAUGCUCACAGGGCCGAUGAUGAUUGACGUACUGGGGAUAUACUGUAACGUCUUCUUGGUGGAAGUUGCUCAGAUUCCACCCCUCUUUGUAUCGGCUAUUGUGUUCACCAGCAGGUUUUGGGACGUCAUUGCUAACCUGAUCGUAGCAAAACUUAUCGACAAGACCAACACGAGAUGGGGGAGAAUGAUGCCCUGGGUCCUGGGAGCGGGAAUCCUUCUCGUUCCCGUGUACUUCCUGUUGUGGUACGUGCCAGAUUUUGGGACGAACGGGAAAGUGACGUAUUACUUCGUCCUGUACCUGGCCAUGGUGCUGCUACAAACGUCGCAUAAUGUUCCAUACCGGACCCUGGCCAUGUACAUGAGCGAGGACCCGAAAGAAAGAGAUGCAGCUACGCUUUUCAGAUCGCUGUUUGAGAUGGUUGCUAUCGUGGCGGGUGUGGCCAUCCAUGGACAGAUAGUGGCGGCGUUCGACCCCAGACUGGAGCAGUGUAAGAACGUGACGAACGGCAACAGUACCGUCACUCUGCACUCACUCGAGAAGGCGGAGACUGGCUACAUGGUGGCAGCGGGUUCUCUCUGCGGAGUUGCAAUACUGGCCACGGCCGCUGUGGUUUUUGGCGUCAGAGAGAGAAAAGACAUAGUCCAGGAGCACGCGGAUGCUCCUGAUGAACCCUUCCUGAAGAGCAUGAAGGAAGCGAUCAUAUUUCGGCCUAAUGUGGACUGUCUGGUCGUCUGCUUCUGCUUCGAGAUGGCCAUGCUGACUCUAGAAGGAACGUCGGCCUUAUUCGUGCAAUACUCGCUGGACUUGGUGGACCAUGUGCAGAACGUUCUACUAGUUUUUGUGAUCUCCGUCGUGUUCUUCAUGCCUGUUGUAGACGUCUUGGUCGAGAAAUUCGGAAAGAGAAAAACUUUUAUGGUCUCUUCUUUGGCAUCCAUCCCGCUGUACAUCGCGUGUCAGUUUCUCCCUGCCCGGAGUGUAGCGGCGACCUACCCCGUGGUCAUCCUGCUGGGGUUCAUCGGCGCUUCUCCUGUCUUCAUUCCCUGGACGAUGGUGACUGACGUGGUUGAUGACUACCGAGUGAAGACGGGGAAACAGCUGGACACCAUCUUCUUCAGCCUGAGCCUGUUCGCCUUCAGAUUAGCCGCCGCAGUCGCGCUGGGACUCACGGCAAUCGCAUUAAAAAUCGGCGGCUACAUAACGGGUUACUGCGUUCAGCCGGCCGAAGUGGGGUCUACUCUGAGACUACUCAUGUCCGUCGUCCCAAUCGGCCUCACGCUCAUUGGCCUGGUCUUCCUCUGGCGUUAUCCAAUCACAACCGAGAGACAGCAGAGAAACAAGGCAGCCCUGGAGGAGAUGAAGAAGGCCAAAAAUCAAGAAGAAUGUAAAAACGGCAAACUUCCUUCAUCAAACGACGAGAAACAGCAAAACCAGCGUCUUCUGGACGUGAACAGUAUAAUAGACGCCAUAGACGAGUCUGCGCGAGACACUGACUAUGAUGCUGACUUCGCCCUAUCUUCUGACGUCGAUCUUUCUCACCUGGAAGACUCGGCAAGAGACACAGACUACGAGACAGACUUUGGGCUGGCUUCUGACGUGGACCUUACUCUUCUCAAAGAUUGCAAAGAAACAACGUUGUGAUAUAUAAAAAUGUUGAUAUUUCAGUUUUCUGUAAGGUACAAGAAAAUUCAUUCCGAUUUUUGUAAUGUUUGAUUUUUAACAGGUGCUAGUGUUUUGCUUGGGACUCAAGAAAUAG